CAACAAACAAAAGACUUGCAAAAACAACUGUGGCUGCAGUUUGAAACUCAGAAACGCGUUGUUUUCCUUUGUUGCUAGACCUAUAAUCGCAUAGCAUAGCAUAUUAUCGGUAACAUUUUUGAAACAAGGCGAUUGAAGUGAAAAUAUUUGAUAAUAUACAGUUUACCUGGACAUUAAACCAGUUGUGUGACUCAUCAAAAUUACAAAGGCAAUUAUUGCAAUGGCCGCCAAGAACAACAGCAACAAUGAAAUUGAGUCUACGGACCAGGUUGGCAUACGUCGUGCCGUUGAGGUAGCUACAAAUACAGACGAUUCUACUGAUGCCUUUGGUUCAGUUGGUGGCAGCAACGGCCCUACUACCAGCGCAGGCUAUCACAAUAACAGUUAUGGCAGUGGCGCCAUCGGCCAGUUGGCCUCCAAUGGCUACAGCUCCUCCAGCUAUCAAAAGUAUAUAGCCAAAAUGGUAACAGAUCGUCAUGCAGCUGAGUAUAAUAUGCGUCACAAAAAUCGUGGCAUGGCAUUGAUCUUCAAUCACGAGCAUUUUGAUGUGCCCACGCUCAAGUCACGCGCUGGCACCAAUGUGGACUGUGAGAAUCUAUCGCGUGUGCUCAAGCAGAUGGAUUUUGAUGUGACAGUCCACAAGGACUGCCGCUACAAGGAGAUUUUGCGCACAGUGGAGUAUGCAGCAUCGCAAAAUCAUGAGGACAGCGACUGUAUAUUGGUGGCCAUUCUUUCGCAUGGUGAAAUGGGUUACAUAUAUGCAAAGGAUAUGCAGUACAAGCUGGACAAUAUUUGGAGUCACUUUACUGCCAAUCACUGCCCAACGCUUGCCGGUAAACCCAAACUAUUUUUCAUUCAAGCCUGCCAAGGUGAUCGGCUGGAUGCGGGCGUCACCAUGCAGCGCGGACGCACCGAAACUGAUGGCGACUCUUCCAUGAGCUACAAAAUACCCAUACAUGCGGACUUUCUCAUUGCCUACUCCACCAUACCGGGAUUCUACUCGUGGCGUAAUACCACACGUGGCAGUUGGUUUAUGCAGAGCCUGUGUGCCGAGCUGGCCGCCAAUGGCAAACGCCUGGACAUGCUCACUCUCCUUACGUUUGUCUGCCAACGUGUUGCCGUUGACUUUGAGUCCUGCACUCCAGAUACACCCGAAAUGCAUCAGCAGAAGCAAAUACCCUGCAUUACUACAAUGCUAACACGCAUUCUGCUCUUCAACGAUAAACAAAAGGCCCCGGCUGGUCGGGCCUGAUGGUCUUGGUUAUGGAGCUGACUAACCAAACGAUUUUUAUACUCUAUUAAGCUAUAAAUGCUCUUAAACUUUUUUCAUAUUUUUAUAGUAUUCUAUAAGCAUAAAGCGGCAUUUAUGACCACCGAACCUGCCAGCACUAUCGAUCUUGUCCAUAGCAUAAGUGUAGUUUACAGUAACCGUUCACUAAUUCAAAACUUUUAAAUUUAUUUCAAAAUUAUUUCCUAUUAAUGCUAUUUAAAUUAGAGGUAUUCCUGAAUUGCUUGUGAUUUUAGAAAUAUUUCCCAUUGUGAUCAAUUAUGCCAUUUACAAAGACUAAAAAAUUCGUAAUCUAUACCAUUUAUACAUUUAUAUUUGUUUAAAACUUUUAAUUAGAUUAGUAUGCACGUUAGCGAACGGCGACUGUAUGUCUACAUAAUUUUUACUACUAUUCAGCAUAUAUAUACUUUUUAUGUCACAACUAUUUAUCCAAAGUAAUUUAGACAAUAUAGCAACGUUUUGUAUUGCAAAUAAAGCGCAUGUACAACUGAAAAAAAAAAAAAACACGACCUUCCGCUCUGACC